CGCAAACCGAAUUCUAAAAUGUCAACCAGAGCAUAAACUGUGUUAGUGUUUUUUUUGAGUUCUCACACACAACUUAAUCUUAAAGUUUAUCAAAAAAAGUUUUUAAAACUGAUAUUUACGAUGAAAUCAAUCAGUCUUCAUUGUGUCGUGUUAUUAGCAAUUUAUUUAUUUGGCCUCAUCAUUUCAUUAGUUGGUACGCCGCCCAAGGAGGAGACAACGGACGCUAUAGAAAACCUUAAAAAAAACCUUGUUGAAACUGAUUUAAUAAAAUAUUUUGUACAAGGUGAUGUAACAAGCUCUUCUACAUUCAACAUGUACCCGAACUAUAUUAAUGCGGUUAAUAAUGCAAAAGCAUUAUUAUUAACUAACAAUUUUCACGGUGGACGCAUAGCAUUAUUCAAUGCAACAAAAUCUAUGCUAGUCGACAAACCAGAACUGAUAAAAAACCAAAUAACUAAGAACCAAACACAAGAAAAAAUAAUAAAGGUCGUCGACUCGUUUGUAGAAGACGUAGAAAAGGAAAGAUAUUCAACUUUUACCUUUAAUAUAAAAUAAAAAUAUUGUUUUGAUUUGAAUAUGAUAAUACAUUUGUUUCAUUUGUUUGCAUUUUUAAUAUUUAGUAGAUACAAUAAACUAU